CUGUACAUGCACUACCAAUGUACUACAAUGUACAGACAUUCCUGGUGAUUGAACGUGCAGGAUGAGUUACCCUGGCACUGGUGUACACAACAUGACUCCCAUUGUUGGAAACACUCAACACUGUGGAUUGGAAUAUCUUCUCAUUGCUUGAUAUGAACGCCAGUCUUUUUUGUUGACUGUAAUAAAAAAUAUGACGGAGGGUCCAACUUUGCCGUCUUCAUCAUCCCCACCGGAUGGGCGUGUCCAGAAGGAGGCGGCCAGUUUUGCAACACUGGUUCGAAAGGCCAAGCAGCAGUGGAGUCACCGAGGCAUCAUUGAGAUAGACCAGCAGCACCGGUUGUACAAUGUCUCCCGAUGCAUUCAGAUGGGGAUGAGGGGUUGCAUUGAGCCACACCCUACCUCUGAGGUAGAAAGUGUGACACACCAGGAGGAGGACUAUCUUGAAGUCACAACACAAAAGCACUUUGAGAAAGAUAUUAAAAAGCAAUUUGAAUUCCGCUGCUACGCUCCCAAGGUCUUCGCCUCCUUGCGUGCCUUGGUUGGGGUAACAGACACUGAAUACCUGGAGUCCCUAGCACCCUCCGGCCCGCCUGUACCCUGCCUGGAAUUCAUCACCUCCUCGAAGAGUGGCAUGAUGUUCUUCUUGUGCAACAACAAAGCCUUCAUAAUGAAGACAGAGAAGUCGCAGGACAUCGCUUUCUUGAGGAGUCAAUUCCUGCGUCGCCUUGUCAGGCAUUUUCAUGACUUCCCUCAUUCAUUGCUGGUCAAGAUCAUGGGCUGUUACUACAUCAAGAUGAGUGGCAGUAAAGGGCUUUAUUUUACAGUAAUGCAGAGUGUUUUCUACCCUGAUGAACGGAUAACAGAAAGGUAUGACUUGAAGGGUUGCUCAGCCAGUCGCUAUGUUCGACCCUUAGAAGAAGGAAGCAAAGAAGUCAUUGUUCUCAAGGACAAUAACUUUGAUGGAAGAAAGAUCAACAUAGGAGCCCAGGCAUCCUGGUUCCGGAGGCAAGUUGACAUCGACAGCAGGUUCCUAGAAGAGCAAGGCAUCAUGGACUACAGCCUGCUGCUUGGCAUUCAGAAACUCCACGCCGACGAAAAGAAGACAUCGGAUAAGCUGGCCGACGUGGUGUCCAGAGCAAGGAGGUCAAUAAAAUCCGUGUCCGACAGUCCCAGUAGCGUGUGCCCUGACUGUGGUGGCAGAUUCCCCACAUGGAACAGGCGAUCCAACAUCCAGAACCAACAGCCUGCCAGCCAGCCCACCAAACAGUCUCAGGCCCAAGAAACCGACAAGACGGGCGACAACACUGAGCGAAUGGUUCAAGAAAUACUCGAUAUCAAUGUGAGCAGUGACAGUCAGCGACAUGCCAGCCACAGCGCUGGUCACCAUCGCACAGCAAGUGGAAAAGUUAGGACAGGAACUCAUCACUUAAGUUCUGCAGGAGAUGAAAUCGGGAACGAUACAACUGAGCAGACACAUGGCAAGGAAAUGCAAGGGGUCACAACAACUGGGGGUGAAAAUGAAAGAAACUCUCUCCCAGGUAUGGUAGAAGAUAAUAGGAACCAACCAGAGCUUGACAUACAGGGCACCCGUACUUCCCAGCUUCAACACUCUUUAAAUUUGGAGCCCAAAGCCCAGAACUUGGGCACAAACUACUGUGAAUGCACCAGCCGAUUCCAACUUGACAAGUGCAACGAGCGCAACCAAAGAUUACUCCCGGACAUAGCGAACCCCCUGCAUAUCAUCGACGGCGACGAGGAUCGAUAUUUCGUCGGCAUCAUCGACGUCCUGACUCAGUAUGGCAUAAAGAAAAAGAUGGAGUACCUGUACAAGUGCCUCAGGUACCCGACGGAAACCUUCUCGACUGUGAAACCUGAACAUUAUGCAAAGCGUUUCAGAGAACAAUGUUAUGAAAAGACUGAGCAGGAAACUAAUCCUGAUAAGGGCCUAACUGUGUAAAAUGUGUCUUUCAAGCCGUUUGAUGAUACAAGCGUUAUGCUUGUCACAUACCUAAAUAAUUGAACUUUCACUAAUUGGCCUUUCAUCAAUUCGAGCAAUUCACAAUGCAGUGCGCCACCAAGAGUUCGCCAUGGACAGUCAAUUUUUCAAGCUUAUGUUCAACAAAACAUGGCCCAUUUGGAUGAGUGUCAGUGGACAACUUGAGCUAAUUUGUUAUAGAUUGGGGCAUAUAGCGUUCUGCCACCUUACAAAAAAAACACCAUAUUGAUAAAAAGGAUGGAAAAGGGCAAACAUAUACUCGAUAAUACGUUUAUGAAACUACUAACCGGAAAACUAACAAUUUCAAAUGUCCCACGCUGCGAAUUUGUCGGCUAUCUAUCUCAAUGCACUGAAAAAAAUGAACUUUCCAUGGCAAACUCUUGGUGGCGCACUGCAUUGUGAAUCGCCCGGAUUCAUACCUCGUGAAAAUUAGAGUUUAAAUUUAAAACAUUAUGCAGGUUUUGCAGCAUUGAGAUAAGUAUUGGUGCACGACGAGGAUCAGUGAUUAUGUUUUUAAAAGUAGUGCAAUUCUGAGAAGACCGCUCAACUCAAAAACAAUGUGUGAAAAUUUAGGUUUACUAUUGACAAUUAACCACUACUUAUUGACAUUCUGUGUUCCGCUUUGCUGUCAUUUUUGUGUGUUAUAUGGACCAGCCUUUCAACCAUUACUCAGUGCUGUUGUGUGAUGUGUGCCGCAGUUGGCAAAGUCUUUUUAGCCUGUGAAGCAAGUUAAUCUUUGCAAAAUUACAAAAAAUUUACCAGUUCGCACAAGUUCUGUGCAAUAGUUUUAUAAUCAUGAUCACUGAAAUCAAGGAUUGCAGUGAAGAAAUCAACUCCUGUAAGUAUUUCCUUCAACAGUUCUAUGCAAUAGUUUUAUUAUCAAGAUCACUGAAAUCAAGGAUUGCAGUGAAGACAGUCAACUCCUGUCAAAUACAUGUGUUUCAUUCAAAAUUCAGAUUUCUGCUGUUUGAUGAUAAAAAUGCAAGUUGAAAAGCAUACUGAAUUUUAGUGUGAAAUUUAGGUUUACUAUUGAUAACUAACCACUACUUAUUGACAUUCUGUGUUCCGUUUUGCUGUCAUUUUUGUGUGUUAUAUGGACUAGCCUUUCAACCAUUACUCAGUGCUGUUGUGUGAUGUGUGCCGCAGUUGGCAAAGUUUUUUUAUCCUGUGUGGCAAGUUAAUCUUUGCAAAAUUACAAAAAAAUUACCAGUUCGCACAAGUUUUGUGCAAUAGUUUUUAUAAUCAUGAUCACUGAAAUCAAAGAUUGCAGUGAAGAAAUCAACUCCUGUAUAAAGUAUUUCCUUCAAUAUUAAGAUUUCUGCUGUUUGACAAUAAAAAUGCAAGUUGAAAAGCAUACUGAAUCUGCACGAAAUAGUUUUAAUUCCUCAAUGCAACCAGUAUGGCUUUCAAUGAAGAUGAA